AUGUCGACUGCGAUGCCACAAGUCCCUCCUCGUCCUACCAGGACCCAGGACCCAGCAACCGGUUCUGGGAGCUCCCUUGGUAGCGAUAUUCCCAAAAUUCCUCCACGCCCGAUUAAUCGUCGUCUUGACCGCUCAAUCUCACCAUCUCGCGAGAGCUUUGCUCGAUCACCUCUCAACGAAACUCCCUUCCUUGCCAACCAUGGAAACCAAAGCAAAUCCUCCUUGUAUGCUACGGAGAGCGCCAACAACUCGAGUUCGGAUCUGCCACGUCGUCCCUCCAGCGUUGCGCUGCCAUCUAUUGGGCAGGAAGGAAACGAGUACGCAGAUGUGUUUGGAGCUCCAGAAGAGCUAGGAACCUCACCUACACAAACCCGAAACAUUGCCAAUGAUCUCAAGCUUCAUGCUCCCAAGCCAUCUCUGCCAACUUCCAGCGCCAAACAACGAGUUUCCACUGUCACUCGUACGGAUUCUGGCCAAGCUGCCGCUUUCGGUAUCGGCAAGGCUGCAAUUGAUGAUAAGGAACCUGCUUCGAGACCUUUGAAGGCCAAGGCUAGCUUUGCUAGUGAAAAGUCGAAUGGCACUGAACGUCCUCCUUCGAGUCUCGAGAGCGAACAUGGUAUACCCGAAAUCGGCCAGCGCGUACCCAUGUACCCAAAUGCUGGAGAUGUUCAAGCUCCAUCUCCAGCUCCAUUUGCUCAGCCAUACGCUCCAGGCAUCGGAUUUCAUAAUGAUGGGUCAAAACCAAGACAUCAUGGCCGAAAGACCAGUGCUCGUGGACACGAUAUUCCUCCUGAUGCUUAUGGUCGUUACGGUCACGGAGUCGUUCCUCAUGAUCGCUUCGAGAAAGCAUAUUACGAAAAGCACCCAGAACUUUUCAAGAAAGAGCUUGGACAAUACGGAGAGGGCAGGCCAGAAUGGGCCAUGAGUAGUGAGGAUCUCAAUAAAAUUGUUCGAGACACCGCUAGCCGUGGUGCCGGACUUGGUACAUCACCUGCUGUUAUGGGUACUCCAUCUGAGCAGAUUGGGUUCCAGGCCUCCGAGGAAUAUACCUCCCGCAUGUCGUCUCCUCGUCCUCAGUCUAGCAACCUUCAUCUUGCCCAUGGAAACGCUUCUGACACACAUGUCGACUCUCCAUUGAGAAAGGAGUCAUUUCCAGGUGACCUCCCACCCAAAGUCGAUUUUGAGGGGACACUAUCUCGAAAUCUCAAUGCACCUUCAGACAUCUCGUUAGAGAGUGAAGCCGAAGAAGAGGGUGUCAUUCACGUCGAUGCUCCUGGCCGCCGCGUUAGCAAAAUCUACGGAGGUGACGGACAUCUGGAUUCAACUGAAGAUCUCGGUCUCGGUGCUGAGAACGACGGUAUUCAUGAUGAGCAUGGCUAUAGCGCCCCAAUCCUAGCUUCAGAUGAGGUUGCCAAGGAGCCAUUUGGUUGGGAACUUCAACCAGCUGUCUCUCCCAACAAUGAGCGACGCGGCAGCGCCUUGGAAGAUGGCAUGUACCAUCAUAGAUCCGGUAGUGCAUCGAGUCUUUCUGGCAGCAGACCUACGAGUCGGCCUGGAAGUAUUCAUGGAACCAUCCCUGGUCUUCGACUUACGGAAUCAAAACCACUUGAAGAUUUGGAUGAGUACGAGCCAUUAUUCCCCGAAGAAGAGAAGAAUGCUGCUAGUAUGAAGAGACCAUUGACCGCUGCGGACAAGCUUAAGCGACCUGAGCUCAAGAACCGCAAGUUCCCAAGUCAAGAUAUCUGGGAAGACUCUCCAAACAGUUUGCAAUAUACUGCAACUGUUUCUACACCACAACUGCCGGAGGAAAAAGAAGAAACCCCCGAGACUGCUCGUGAAGGUGAGACCUCUGCACAAGCUUUCACACGCAGACAGGAGGAAUUGGCUGAAGCGGAGUCACAUGACUCGGAAAGCUUCUUGCACCGAGAGAAGAAACCUUGGGCUCAUAAGACCCACUUAGUGGCGGAGACGAGACCCGGUAUGAAGCAAAGAUUUCCUAGUCGUGAUAUCUGGGAAGAUACACCCGACAGUUUGCAACUGCAGACUACAGUGGCAGGUCCACAAUCAGACGAGAAGGACAUCUUAAGCCCACCAGAAGAGCGACCUACCACAGGAGCAGUCACUUACCAUCAAGAGAAGGCCGCAACUGGAUUGCCCCUUAGCAGCGAAGAAGGUCGUGCCACUACCGGGAUUGCAGCUUUAAUGAAGCCUCAAAUUCCAGCUCGUCCAACCAAGUCAAAACCGUCAGAAUCACCAGAGAGGUCACAGCCAGCAGUUCCAGAACGUCCACAACGCUCAAAACCGGCUACUGGUGUCGAGAGCACUUCACCUCCAGUGCCAAUGAAGGCGAAGCCUGUGGUUCCUGCUCGUCCUUCAAAACCUGUCACGCGUGACUCGUCAGAGAAUGUGCCCUUGACCACGGUUCCGUCAAAUUCUUCUGCGAAAUCUGUGGGCUCAGAUCAAGGUGUAGCUGCGGCUGCUAAGCCUAAACCUCCCGUUCCUUCAAGGCCUCUCGGUAGCAAGAUUGCAGCACUUCAAGGUGGCUUUAUGUCCGAUUUGAACAAGCGCUUGCAACUUGGCCCACAGGCACCCAAGAAAGAAGACCCAGCACCUGAGGCAGAGGAGGAAGUGAAGGAAAAAGCACCAUUGUCGGAUGCGAGGAAAGGUAGGGCUCGGGGACCCGCCCGAAGAGCGCCGGCUAAGAGCCCGGCUCCUGCUAGCGCGCCCGUUACGGGAACGUCAAGUACGCUGUCAUUCUCGGCACCAUCGACCUUAUGGGCUAUCGACCCGGCGGAAGAUCGAGUCUACGUGGCUUUACAUGAUGAGGCAGUACAACACGACGUCACUUCAAAAGCAACUGAGACUGAGACUCCAACGCUUGGAACAAACACCUCAGGACAGUCAUUACAUGAGCCAUCCGAGAUCGCUUUAGAUGCGGAAAAGCCCGUCUCUCUACCCUCCGUAGUUCCUGAAACUCAAUCCGAGCAUGUGGAGAAUGCGGAGAAGGAAAUUGUAUCAAGUGGAUCUGACAAGCAUGGUCUGGAGCCGCUCAAGCCAAGCGACGAACCACCCGUCAUUUCCCAGAGUCUCGCUCCAGAACCAGCUGAGGCAGAAGACCUGUCUGCAUCGACAGCGACUCUGAAGCCCAGUACAGAGGAUGUAGAAUAG